CUCUCUCUCUCUCUCUCACCAAAAAUAAAAUCUGUGAACUUCUUUUUUUUUUGGGUGGAAACAGAGAAAAUAAGAUGGCGGAGAGAUCAGAGAAUAACAGCAGCAAUGGCGGCGCGUGCGGCGCGUGCAAGACUACAUUCGGACAGAAGUGCAAACACAUGGUGAAGAAACAGAGAGCCAGAUUCUAUAUUGUUCGUCGUUGUAUCGCCAUGUUGGUCUGUUGGCGAGACCGUGGUGAUUCUUGAUUCUUGAUUUUUAUUUUUAUUUUUUUAUUUCUAUUUUUAUUCUAGGUAAAUCCAUAUAAUAUAUAUAUAUACAGUAAUGUGAGAAUGUGCAUAUAGAGAUAUUGUUAUUUCGUGCUCAUGGUGGAUCACUCUUGACAUUUUUAUAAUAAUAAUCAAUGCCCAUUUUUCAUCU